AUGGGUGUGAGUCUGGUUGUCCAGGAUGGGCGUGUACUGACGCUAGACCCCGUGCCGUUUGGGACGUUAGGAGGUAUGAAUGGGGCUGGUUUCAAGCAUGAAUAUGGACUGACAAUAGACUGCGUGCCGUCCGGGGUGUUAGGCGGAUGUGCGUAUAGGGCUGGUGUCAAGAAUGCAUGUGCACUGACAACUGACUAUGCGCUGUUUGGUAUUUUAGGAUUGGGUGCGUAUGGAGCUGGUAUCGAGGAUAGAUAUGCACUAACAACAGACUCCGUGCUGUUCGAGAUGUUAGGAGGUAUGAAUGGGGUUGUUAUCAAGGACAGAUAUGCACUCACAAUAGACUGCGUGCCGUUUGGGAUGUUAGGCGGUGCGUACGAGGUUGGUGCCAAAGAUGAAUGCGUACUGAGGGUAGACUGUGUCGCUUGGAAUAUUAGGCGAGACUCCGUGUUACUCUGGAUGUUAGGCGGUGUGUAUGGGCCUAGUUUCGAGGAUGGAUAUACCGAGAACGGACUUGCGCUGACGACAGGCUGCGUGCGAUUCGGUAUUUCAGAAGGGUGUGCGUCUGGGACUGGUGUUGAGAAUGGAUGUGCCCUGACGACAGACUCCGUGCCGUUUGUUACCUCAGUGGGUGCGUAUGGGGCUGGUUUCGAGGACGGAUACGCACUAACAGCAGACUCCGUGCCGGUUGGUAUUUUAGAUUGUGCGUAUGGAGCUGGGAUGGAGGAUGGAGAUAUACUGACGACUUUCUGCGUGCCGUUCGGUAUCUUAGGAGGUGCGCAUGAGGCUGGUGCUGAGGAGAUAUAUGCAUAUCAGAACAUUUGUCAUUCGGUCGAUUUGCUAGACAUUGGCACGAUAACUCUCAUCAUGCAAGAGUAG